GACGCUACUGCUGCUGUCUGAGGCUUGGUUCCUGCUUGGAGCAGAGAGAAGGCAGAAAGGAGGUGAAGGUGAGAGGGAAGGAAGGGGAGCAGACGCGUGUCAGCGCAUCCGGACGUGACUCCCAGGAAGCGAUAGGCUGGGAUUUGGGUUCGUCUGCUCGGCAUCCGCUUCCGGUUAUUAGUCCGAACUGUACGGGAAAGAAGAUGCAAAGCAAGGCCGGCUGGUGAAAAACCCGCCUGGAUCUUAAAACGCAAUGUCCCUCUUGUUCGCCCGUUCCAACUCCAUCCUCGCCUCCAAAAAGGACAAGAGACACAUGGCGGAAGUUGGCGCCUCCCCGCUCAAGCACUUUGUCACGGCAAAGAAGAAGAUCAAUGGCAUCUUCGAACAGCUGGCCGCCUACAUCCACGAAAGCGCCACGUUUUUAGAAGAAACGCACAAGAAUGUGGAUCUGGACCCGGUCACGACGGAGGAACAGGUGCUGGAAGUCAAAGGCUAUCUCUCCAAAGUCAGCGGGAUCAGCGAGGUUUUGGCCCGGAGGCACAUGAAGGUGGCAUUUUUUGGGCGGACGAGUAACGGGAAGAGUACUGUUAUCAAUGCCAUGCUGUGGGACAAAGUCCUGCCCUCGGGCAUCGGCCACACCACCAACUGCUUCCUCCGUGUGGAAGGGACCGAUGGCCAGGACGCCUUUCUGCUGACCGAGGGGUCCGAGGAAAAGAAGAGUGUCAAGACGGUCAACCAACUGGCCCAUGCGCUCCACCAAGACGAACUCCUCACCGCCGGCGGCCUGGUCAGCGUCAUGUGGCCAAACUCCAAAUGCUCCCUCCUCAAAGAUGACCUGGUUUUGAUGGACAGCCCCGGAAUUGACGUCACCACCGAACUGGACAGCUGGAUCGAUAAGUAUUGCUUGGAUGCUGACGUCUUCGUCUUGGUGGCCAAUUCAGAGUCAACCCUCAUGCAGACGGAGAAGCAGUUCUUCCACAAAGUGAACGCCCGCCUGUCGCGGCCCAACAUCUUCAUCUUGAAUAACCGCUGGGACGCUUCGGCCUCCGAACCGGAAUACAUGGAGGAGGUUCGGCGCCAGCACAUGGAGCGUUGCACCAGCUUCCUGGUGGACGAACUGGGAGUAGUGGACCGGGCGCAAGCCGGGGACCGCAUCUUUUUUGUCUCCGCCAAGGAAGUCCUGAGCGCCAGGAUCCAAAAGGCUCAGGGGAUGCCCGAAGGAGGAGGAGCGCUGGCCGAAGGUUUCCAAGUACGGAUGUUCGAGUUCCAGAAUUUCGAGAGACGGUUUGAGGAAUGCAUCUCACAAUCUGCCGUGAAGACAAAAUUCGAGCAGCACACGGUCCGCGCCAAGCAGAUCGCCGAAGAGGUCCGGCACAUCAUGGACUCCGUACAUGUCGCUGCGCAGGAGCAGAGAAUCUACUGCUUGGAAAUGCGGGAAGAUCGGCAGGAACGCUUGGGCUUCAUUGACAAACAGCUGGACUUACUCACUCACAACUACAAGCAGAAAAUCAAGCAGCUGACCGAAGAAGUGGAGAGGCAGGUGUCGAAUGCCAUGGCGGAAGAGAUCCGGCGUCUUUCCGUGUUGGUAGAUGACUUUCAGCUGGAUUUCCACCCGUCGCCGGUAGUCAUAAAAGUGUAUAAAAAUGAACUGCAUCGACACAUCGAGGAAGGUCUGGGCCGGAACAUGUCAGAACGAUGCUCCAGCGCCAUCGCGGCCUCAUUGCAGACGAUGCAGCAAGAAAUGAUCGAUGGUUUGAAGCCUCUCCUCCCGGCUUCCCUCCGGGGCCAGAUUGACAUGUUAGUCCCCCGACAGUGCUUCAUGCUCAGCUACGACCUCAAUUGCGACAAACUGUGCGCGGAUUUCCAGGAGGACAUCCAGUUCCACUUUUCACUCGGCUGGACGAUGCUUGUGAACCGGUUCCUGGGGCCGAAAAAUACCCGGAGGGCCCUCAUGGGCUACAACGACCAGGUCCAGCGUCCUUUGCCGCUGACCCCGGCCAACCCAAGCCUGCCUCCGUUGCCCCAGGGAUCCCUGACUCAGGAGGAACUCAUGGUGUCCAUGGUCACUGGCUUGGCCUCCCUCACCUCCAGGACAUCCAUGGGCAUCCUUGUCGUUGGCGGAGUGGUCUGGAAGGCAGUGGGUUGGCGUCUGAUCGCACUGUCUUUCGGCCUCUAUGGGCUCCUCUACGUCUACGAGCGCCUGACCUGGACCACCAGAGCCAAGGAGAGGGCCUUCAAGCGCCAGUUUGUGGACUACGCCGGGGAGAAGCUCCAGCUCAUUGUCAGCUACACCGGAUCCAACUGCAGCCACCAAGUCCAGCAGGAGCUGGCUGGGACUUUUGCGCAGCUCUGCCAGCAGGUUGACGUGACGCGGGAAGAUCUGGAGAAGGAAAUCAGCGUCCUGAACCAGAAGAUCGAGGUCUUGGAUGCCUUGCAGAGCAAAGCCAAGCUGCUCAGGAACAAAGCCGGCUGGCUGGACAGCGAGCUGAACAUGUUCACGCACCAAUACCUGGAGCAGGGCAGAUAAAGUGCCACUGUUAAAGGGAGAGCGGCUUUGUCCGCUUCGGAAAAGAGUGUGGGCUUAAGAGGAACCCCUUGGGAGAGAUGCAGAGCAACUAAGGGCUGCGCUUCUCCCUUUCGGACACGGGUUCAAGAGACCCCUUUGCCCCGUGUCUCUGCUCCGCAUGGUUUCAAUCCCUCACUUCUGCUUGGAAACUCCUCCUUUGGGAAUCCCACACUUCUCUUACGCUAAACACUUUGCAGGAAGGAAAACCCAAAUGAUGCAUUGAAAGGAGAGGAGACCUCUCCUCCCUUCCUUCUCCUCCCACUCCCUCCUUUUUUUAGACCCAACAAUGAAAUCCCGAGAUCAAAUUGUUCCAAAGAUGUCCCUCGAUUCCCUCCUAGUGAUUUUUUUGGGAUUUAAAAACCCUCAGAUACAUUUUGUGUUCCUCCAAGGAAUAGUCUCAGAAGCCGAUGCAAAGUUGGACAGGUGUGAUCCUACCAAAGUUAAACUUAUGCAUUGGUUUUGCUAGGGCAGAUUUAUAAUUGGGAUUAAUCUAGAUAUAUAUAUAUAUAGUGGGUUUG